AUGAUUUUGAGUAUAUCAAUAACAUAUUUGAUAUUUUUAUUUUAUUUUUUUAAAACAUCAAAUAUAUAUGCAAAUGAUCAAGUUUGUGACUUUAAUUUUGAUGUAAAAAAGUUAUCUGAUAUAUAUGAGAAAUAUGAAGGAAAGAAAAUAGAGGUUGAUAAUUCUAAUAAUUGUGAUAAUUUAGAAAGUUUGAAUUCCGUUAAGGCAUUCUGGAUGUUAAAAUUAAAAGCUUUAUGCACAGAAAAAACGUCAAUUUUGGAUAAACAUGUUUUAAAUAAUAUUUGCAGCCAAAAAUAUGAUAUACCCCACAUAAGAAUAAAUGGAUUAACCAUAGGAAAGGAUGUUGUUAAUUUAGAAUUUGUUUGUGCUCAUUUCUUGUAUAGUAAUAAUAAGGAAAUUAUAAAAUGUAUAAAGAGCAAUUCUUUAAAAAAUUAUUUAGAUUCCUUUCAUAUAGCAUUCGACCUAUCUAUAUCACAAGAAUUGUUAAAGCAGUCAGAUAAUGUAGAUCUUGUACUUAAUUUAAAUGAUUUAAAUAGACUAAAUCUUGUUAAACAAAUAAUUGAUGACUCCUUAUGUAGAAUUCAUUCAAGUGUCCAUACGAUUAUGAGUAAAAAUGAUUUUGAUAUAUUAAAAGUGUUAGUAGGUUUAUGUACAAAGUUAGGUUUUCAUAACCACUUUAUUUUAACGGACAAUAUUCAUCCCUUAUUUAAUCCAUUAUAUUCAAAAGUACCACAUAGUUUAAAUGCAUUGAAUUUUAAUUUAGAAAACACUACAUUAUAUUAUGCAAAUUAUGAAUAUUUUCUUUACAACAUCAAAUUAACUGAUGCAGAAUAUACUUUGAAUUCGUAUAUGUCACCAUCUGUAUUAACAAUAAAUCAAAAUAAUUCUUUUGUAACAUGGGUAGGAUUAAAAAAAGAUAAUAAUGUUUAUAAUAAGAAAUUUGAUGAAUUAUAUGAAUUACUGGGAAGAAUUAAAUAUAUUGAAAGAAUUAUUUAUUGCUAUAGUAAAUAUACUUCUAGAUAUUAUGAAAGCAGUAUAAAUUAUUUCCUUAAAUAUUUACCUGAAGAUAAAAGAGAUAUAAUGCAGAAUAAUGGAAAUAUUUUUAUUUAUUUAAUUAAAAUGUUAUGUAAUAAUAUUCCAUCAAUUCAUCAAUGUGUAUAUAAAAUUAUUUCUUUAAAUGGAAUUUAUGAUAUUUAUUUUAAAAAUUUUAUGAUUAAUUUUAUUUAUUACAAUGCAUCAUGCAUAUUCAAUUGUAAUUCUGUUGAUUUAGGAAAAUUAUUUAAUGAUGACCAUUUAUGGGAUUUAUUUAUAAAAUAUUUUUCUCAUUCGUAUUUAGUUAAAUAUAAAAAAAAAAACACCAAUACUACUGGAUUGUCAAAUGAAUAUAGUGAAUUAGCUAAAUUAUAUUAUACAAAUUAUGAUUAUGAUUAUAUUCAUAGUGGAAAGUGGAGAAAAGAAAUAAAUUUAGAUAAUGAAGAUGAAAUUUUAAGACCAUCAGAUGAAGCUAUUGAAUAUGAAUUUUACAAUUAUACAUAUCAGUCAAUUGAUUUGAGUAGUUAUAGUUUCUUUAUUUUAAAAAGUAAAAUGUAUGAAGAUAAUAUAUGUAAAAUUGCCUCUUUUAUAGAAGCAAAUGGUAAAAAGUAUGUUCAUACAAAUAAUUAUAUUAAUAAUUUUUUUAAUAAAAAUAAUAAAAGAGUACUUUCUCAUGAUGAUGGAACAAAUGAAACAAAUAAAAAUGUUAAUGAACAAAAUAAAAAUAAUAACAAUGAACAUAAUUCUAGUUCUGAUAAUGAUAGUUUCCAAGAAGAUGAAGAGGAACAUAGUGAUCAUAUGGAUAGCUUUAAUUUGUUUGAUGGUUUUCUUAAUGAUUAUGAAGAUGGUAACGGUUUUCUGGAUAUACUUAAAAAUAACAAUUUAUUUGGUAAAAAUAAAUUAUUUGAACAUAUCUAUGGAGGUAGUGAAGACGGGGAAGAGGAUUACUUACACUCGUACACAGGAAAAUUUGAUAUAGAAAAUCAUAAAAUAAAUACAAAAAUCGGUGACAUAUAUCCAUUAAAAAGAGUAUAUGACUAUAAAGAAUUACAAGAAAUUUAUGAAAUUCAUCCAAACUUUAGUGACUCAGAUGAAGAAUUAAGAAAUCAAUUUUUUAAAAAUGAAUUAUUUGAGCAAAAUAUUUUUUUUACUGUAAGAGAUGUACAAACAAGAAUUAAAGAUUUUUAUAAAUAUUAUUAUGAAAUUAAAAAAAAGUUAAAUAGCUUCAAUGAACUAGAUGAUACACAUUAUAACAUGCUUUUAAGUAAUUCUCAAAAUGAUCCAAAUAUUUUUUCAAAAAUUAAUGUAGAUUUUGCAUGCACUAAAAGUGGGACAUGGCCAGUUCGUAAGGUAUCUGGUAGAUGGAUAUCAGAAGUUUUAUGUGAAGCUUAUUUAGUUCCACAAUUAAUAUAUAAUUAUCCAUAUGCAGAAAGUAAAAAGAAAGAGAAUAAUAAAAAAGAUAAUAUUGAUGAAGUGGAUACUGAAAUGUAUUUGUUAAAGGAAAAAACUAGGCUAAUUGGUAUCGAAUUUGAAGAACAAGAACCGCAUAGAUGUGCAAUUAGUUAUUUAGGGGAUGAAUCGAAAAAGAGCUUUUUGCCAAUAUCUGCAUCUUUAUUAAUUAAAAUAGCUAUUGGUUUUUGUGUUUUACAUGGAUUUAAGACUAUAUGGAUUGCAGAUUCUGCAUUUGAUAUACAUACAAAUAUUUAUUUAAGAUAUACUUCUAUAUUAGAAAAAGGAUUAACAUAUUAUGAACAAAGUAAAUUUGAAUUAUAUGGGCAAACAAGGUUAGUACCAAAAUUAGAUUAUAUUACAUCAGGAAUGAACAUUAAAAACAAUAUUAUCACAUCUGGAGUAUAUAAAAAUAUGUAUAGCAUGAUUAGUUUUCCAGGUAUAGAUUUAAAAUUUCAAUUAUUAAUGAGUAAAAAGGUUAAAAAUACUAUUUAUAAUUUAAAGUUUGAUUGUCACAGUUGGGCAUACGAAGGAUGUUCAGAAUAUUAUCCUUUAAUGAAAAAAAAUAAAAAAAAUGUGUCCAAUAAUUAUGAUACAAUUAUUUUAAAUGGUAGAUAUACAGAUAAAGAAAAAGAAGAAAUGUAUCAAUGCCCUUUUAUGCAUGACAAAAAUUUUAUUGAACUAAAUAAAAUGUUCCCAAAAGAAUGUACUUUUGGAUCAAGAAUUGGUGAUUGUCAUGAAAAAGUAAGAAAAAGUAUACCUUGCUAUGACGAACAAUCUUGUAAAUAUCAGAUAUAUAUUUAUGAAGAAUUUUUAAAACCACGAAACCAUUUAAAUUUAUUAUAUGAACAUUUUAUAAAAGUUUCUGAAAAUCUAACAAAAUUAGCGAGACCAUAUUAUUUACAAUCCAUUUUAUCACUUGAACAUGAUAUACAAAUUAAAAAAAGCAAUGAAGAAAAUUCAGAAUAUGAUGAAAUAUUAUUGUUUAUUUUGAAGAAUUCUGUUUAUUAUGUUUCAUGGGUUACUUCGAGUGAAUUCUGGAAAAGAGCUAUUCAUGUUCAAGAUUCAGAUUAUCUUAGUAAUAAGGAAAAUGAACAAAGUAAUAAGGAAUUUUUUUGCCCUCUUGCUUAUGCGCAUGAAUAUAUACGACAUAUACUUGUCCAAUAUAUGAAAUUUCCAAAUAUAUGA